UGGAUGCGCCAGACCUGCGGGUGGCCCCACUUGGGGGAGCUCGGCCACGCGGUCUGGCCUCCUCAGAACCCGGCCUCAAGCUCUGGGGUCCUGGUGCCUGCCUCCUGGCGCACACACGCUGUAUCCCAGGAGCUGCCGUUGUCCCGGCUUGCUGAGCUGACCAUCCCCUCUCCACUCUACGUCUUCGGGCUGGGUGUGCAGGGGUCGAACUCUCCCGGCUCCGCCUCUUUGCUCUGCGGGCCCUCCUGGCCAGGAUUCCUUCCAGGUGCAGAAGACGGAGGUGUGGGAGCCCUUCAAACCCCACAGAUUGAUUUUGAAUCUAAGCUCUGCCCAUUAUUCUGUGACCUUGAGCAAGUAUUUUUAACCUCCCUGAGCCUCAGUUUUCUCAUCUAUUAAAUGGAAAUAUACCCGUAUAUAGCGCCUACCUCAUGAAAUCACAAUGAGGAGUAAAAAGAGACUAAAUGUAUUAAGUGCUGAGCAAGGUGCCCAGUACUCAGUAGGUAAGACUGGAUUUGCACUGGAGACUGAGAAGAUCUCGAGGAACCUUUGAAACUGCUUUGAAAGCAGUUUACAGCUAAGUAGUACCUGUGAGGAACUUAGAGCUGUCCUGGGGCUGAAUAGCUGUCUCCAGGUAGUGAGCUCCCCGUCCUGAGAUCUGGAGAAGCAGAAUGGCCAAGUUGGAGGUGCUUUAGAAGUAAUCCAGACCAUAUUAUCCCAUGUUGUACAAUUGUGGAAACAGGCCCAGAGUGGUUAAGUGACUUGCCCAAGGUCACACAGCUAAAAGGGAGGCCAGGUACACCUUCAAGAAAUGGGACAGACUGUCUCUCAAAUCUCUUCACCCUCCUGCCCUGGCAGUGCCCACUCAUUCCCUUAGGAUCUGGCUUUUAGUGUGGGGAUCCCAAUGGUUCAUGAGCAACUGGAGUGGCUGGCCUUAGGGAGGGAUGUGGAGGCGGGACUAGUGAUGCUGCUACUGUAGAAUCUGGGUUUGGGUUGGGUGAGUGAGGUUUUCCCCUUCUAGAGGCCUGAGAAAUUUACAGUCCAUUUGGGGAGGAUCCAGGGAUUGUGUUUGAUUUGGGGGGGUUGGGAGGAAACCUCAGAGCCACUUCCAACUCCCCUGAAACCCCUGGCCCCCAAAGGUAUAGAAGUGCUUGAACAGUUGGAGCAGGCUGUCUGAUUGGAUACUGCAGAGAGGUGGGUGGGGGAAGAUGGACGAGAAUGCAUAGGCGUGUCCACCUAAUUUGUUCCAGAAUGUCAGAGGGUGUGCUUAAGGUCAGGGUUCUUCCUGUGGGUGGAGCUAGAGGAGAGAGUCCUGAAGCUGUGGCUUGAGUCCAGAAGGAUGGGUUCUUUGAGUGUCUGGAGCCAGCCUAGUUUGGAAACAAGAAGCCUAAAUUCCAGAAUGGCUUUUCCUCAGGCUCAGCAUACGGCUUUAAGGAAGGGCCUUUCUUCUGAGCCUCGUUUUUUCUCUCUUUACAAUGGGAACAGGGUUGACUGACUCAUCUAUAUAAGAUUUAGUUUUCUUGCUUCCUUCUCUGUACAGGCACCCCUUCUGUCUCCCUCACCCCACUCCUAAUAAAACUUUCUGCUCAGAGCUCUGACCCAGAGAGGAAUUGGUCAAGGAAGGCCAGAGUUUCAGUGUGUGACUCUUUGGGGACCCUAAAUCUCUCCAGUGCUGGCUUUUCUAUUUGCUAUGUGACCCUGAGCAGUUUUCUGCCCCCCUCUUGGCCUCAACUUCCCCUUCUAUACAUUGAAAGGGGCUGGGCUAGGGUUGUUAGUAUUAUAGUUCAGCAACUCAGCUAUUAUGGUUCCUGACCUUAGAUGCCCUUGUCUGGUGGAGGAAUCACAGUCCUUAGGUGCCCUCACCUGGUCUUCGGAAGGGGGUGGACAGGCCCCCCGGGUGUAGGGAAGCUUCCAGAAGCUGACCUAGCAGCUUUCCUCAGCAAACAGCAAGCCCAUGCCAGCACCAGGCCUGAUUCUGCAAAGUCUUUCAACCUCAGAGCACAUGAGGCAUCAGGCGGGGAUAGGUAGGGGGUCGAGGUUCUGCCAGCUUCUAUGGAGCCCCUGCUACUGUGGACUCCUGUGCACACACACAAACCACACAUAACCUGGGAAGAGAUUGAAGGAACAGGAGGGCCCUGGGCUGGUAGGUGAAGCACUGGGAGCUAUGAGAGGUCCUGAAGUCUGGAAGCUGGGUCCAAGGCUUAAAGACCUAGGGGAGGAAAUGGUAGGUUUUAGGUUGGUUUCUGAAACAAGGAGAGACUAGUUAAACCAGCUCCUGUAGUCCUAGACCUGUCAAGUCAGGCACAGGGAUGAGGGGAAGGUCUCCCAAUCUGUUCAAGCUUCUUCUAGCACAGAUUUGGUCUAUUGUCUUCCCUUGGGACAAUCUUGGGAUUCUGAGUCAGUCUUCCUCACCUAGGCCAGGAGCUUUCCAAGCUUAGAGCCUCUUCAGACUCCCCACCCCAAAGCACAGCCAAGCAUAGGACUGAGCACAAGAACUGGCUUCACCACUGAGCUCCAGCCCUGCUGCCUGGUGCCCUGACAGCACACCACUCCAUCCCCAGGUCUGACAAGAUGUACCAGGUCCCACUGCCGCUGGACCGGGAUGGGACCCUGGUGCGGCUCCGCUUCACCCUGGUGGCCCUGGUCACAGUCUGCUGUCCAUUUGUCGCCUUCCUCUUCUGCAUCCUCUGGUCCCUGCUCUUCCACUUCAAGGAGACAACGGCCACACACUGUGGCAACACUCCCCACAGGAUGUUUUCUGCGGCCUCCCAGCCCCUGGACCCCGAUGGGACCGUGUUCCGGCUCCGCUUCACGGCCAUGGUCUGGUGGGUCAUCACUUUCCCGGUGUUCGGCUUCUUCUUCUGCAUCAUCUGGUCCCUGGUGUUCCACUUUGAGUACACGGUGGCCACUGACUGUGGGGUGCCCAAUUACCUGCCGUCAGUGAGCUCAGCCAUCGGCGGGGAGGUGCCCCAGCGCUACGUGUGGCGCUUCUGCAUCGGCCUGCACUCGGCGCCCCGCUUCUUGGUGGCCUUUGCCUACUGGAACCACUACCUGAGCUGCGCAUGCCCGUGCCCUGGCUACCGCCCACUUUGUCGCCUCAACUUCGGCCUCAACGUCGUGGAGAACCUUGCGCUGCUAGUGCUCACCUAUGUCUCCUCCUCCGAGGACUUCACCAUCCAUGAAAAUGCUUUCAUUGUGUUCAUCGCAGCGUCCCUCAGUCACAUGCUCCUCACCUGCAUUCUCUGGCGACUGACCAAGAAGCACACAGUAAGUCAAGAGGUACGGUCUACCCCUAGUUGGGGUUUCAGGUGGCCCAGGAGAAAAGCAAGGGCACCAACAGCCUAUUCCCUAGGAUCGAAAGUCCUACAGCUGGAAACAGAGGCUCUUCAUCAUCAACUUUGUCUCCUUCUUCACGGCACUGGCUGUCUACUUUCGGCACAAUAUGUAUUGUGA